AUGGAGGCCUCCACGGGAUUGUACAAUCAACUGAAGGUUUGAGAUUCUUACCCUUACUCUUUCCGUCUUUUCCCACACAAAUCAGCGUUGCAUUUGCCCCUGUUCAUCUCUCAAUCUUUUGGCUCCAUAUCUUUGAACGUGAUCCUCGGCAUUUUCUUAAUGGAUUGAAGCUUGGAGAAUUUGUUCAUUCUGCUGCUAAAAACGGCAUUACCUUUUUUCUUCUUGGUCGUUGGUGGUAUGUGAAAAGUAUUUUGCAAAAUCGAGGGGGUGAUCUGCUUCUGUGUUUGCACCUGCGGCUCCAGUUCAAGAGAGAUUUCACUCUCUAGAAACUUACAGUCGGCUCCCUUAACAAAAGAAAUGAUAUAUAUAUUUUUUCAUUCAUGUAAUAAUUACGGGAACUAUGCUCCUGAAUCGUUAGAUCAAUAGAAACAUGCUCUUCUAACAGAUAAACUAUGGAUUGGUAAUUCUUGACUAAAAUAGUUGCCUUGGUGCGUUAAAUUGAAUAAAUUAAGCAUCCUAUUUCAGGGAACGUUAUGCAAUAUAACAUGGUUACCUUGCCUUGGGAUGUUGUACGAAAUGUCACAAUGUAGCUUGCUACUUAUAUGAGACACGUAGUUUUCUGGUGCAUGCGGUUAAUAUCCAAGAUCUUAUUCGUUAGUUUCUAUGGUCACUUAAAGUCUGUCAUUGUAUCCUGUUUUCUAAAAGCAAACGUUGGAGACCUGCUGGAUUAUCUUUGAUAAGCUAGAACACUGAUGCUAUUCUGGGUGUGCAAUUUUUUUACUUUGUUUAUGUGAGUAAUUCGUGAAUGGUCUGAACCUUUAAAGAUAAAAUAUUACUUUUUCUCGUCGUCAAUGACCCAUUUAAAGGUAAGCUAUUCUGGACUUACUACCCAGUAUAAAAUUGCCUUUACUUUGAUUUUGUAUCCGAUGUGCAAAGCAGCUCACCAUGAGCUAUUCUCUGAUGUCUACUUUUGGCAAGCACCAUAAAGUAAUUGACUUUAUUUUGUUGAUGUCACAAUGUUAUCUGGUGACAUUGGAGAUCAUGGGGAACCUGCAGUGGGCUUUGUUUACCCAUUCUAUUUGUGUUCUCUCAGAUUUUCCAAUUUUUUGGAUGGCUCGUUGCACAUAACAUCAUCAAGGUUCUUCAUUUAUGUGCAACAGGCUGCUCAACCAUUUUUCCUGCUAGCUGGGCCCAAUGUUAUUGAAUCUGAAGACCAUAUUCUAAAAAUGGCCAAAUAUAUAAAGGAUGUCACAUCGAAGUAAGCAGCCUUUUUGAGGGUGUAAAAUAUUUUCAAAUAUAUACCAUGACUCUUUUUUACUUUAGGAAAAAGGAAAUUGUGAUCAAACAUUACAUUUUGUCUCUAACAUGGCGUCCCCCAUUGUUUACCAGCCUUGGCUUGCCACUGGUUUUCAAGUCCAGCUUUGAUAAAGCAAAUCGUACUUCAUCUAAAUCGUUUCGUGGUCCUGGGUUGGAGGAAGGUCUGAAGGUACGAUCUUCAUUGCUUAUAAAUUCACUUCACAUCUUGUAUGAGAAAAAACAUUUGAUUAUAAUUAUUGCACCAUAUGGGAUUAUUUACAAUGACGUAGAAUCUGGUUUGUUUUAUGUAAAAAUUCUCUCUUGACACUACGAUAACUGACCAAUGCGACCAAUAUGAAUUGAUUCCUAGCGUGAUUGGUUCUUCAUUUGGAAUCAAUUUACGUGAAAUCUAUUGUGUGAUCUUCAAUCGUUUUUAUAAGUUUGAUCUCUCUAAAUUUUCUCAACUCUGUCGUAUAUGCUGAUCCCUGUUAAUUUUUUUUCUGACAAAUCUAGUCAUCCUAUUUUCGCUAAACAUUUGGUUUUUGGGUUUGUGAAGGAGUCAUUUCUUUGGUGUUCUGAUGUCCUUUUGUUCUAAGAUUUGAAAGAAUUUAGGCUUCAGUUAUGGCGAAUAACUUUGAUGUUUUCACCUUCUUGAUGCCAAACUACCUUUCCCUGGAUGAGGAGUAGUCAUUCAUUUUAGUUUAUUUCAAAUAUUUGGAAACAUAUUGGUACUGCAGAAUUUUGAAGCAGAAGGUACAAUAUCUUCUUUUAGUGCUGAUGGGCGCUGGUUAUCUGUAAAUGCAGAUUCUUGAGAGGGUGAAAACGGUCUAUGACAUUCCAAUUGUAACUGACGUACACGAGACUAGCCAGGUAACCCUCUAUCUACGUACUACAUUUUUAUUGAUGUAAAAGUUGAUUUGCCUUUCACUCACUUUUUUAUAGAUGUUUGGUACAGCAAAAAUGAUAUAACGAAAGACAUAAAGCAAUACUAAUUAUGAGGGCUUACUUUAUGACACGGGAAUAUUAUUUUUCACUUCUUUCCGUCUGGAAAAUUUUUAGUGCAAAAAAAAUGCGAGAUAAAUUAAUAGAAAGGAAAAGUGUUUCACAUGUUUGUGAUGGCUAUUUCAUCAAACUGGCAGAUGAAUUUCAAGCCCGGCAUCUAUUUGCUUGUACGUAGGUUAGUACAGCAGGAGAAUGCAAAACAUUCAACCGAGACCUCUAUUCUAUUUUCUCUUAAGAAAUUAUGUUAACGAGGCAAAUGCAUUCAGUUAAUUGUAUUGGAGAUAACAAGGAAAAUUAUCUUGACUUAGUUUUAUAAGUCAUGUGCUGCAUCUGCUUCUGUACAGCAUCCUGUGUAAAUGAAAAAAUGUCUUAUUAGGUUUCACCUAUUUGGAGUUCUUUUAAUCUUAAUAUUUCCAUAUCCAUUGUGCAGUACCCUUGCCCUCUUAAUCUAUUGAAUGGAUUAUAUGUAUGCUCUCAAAUUUCAACCUUGGAUAUAAAGUAACAACGGUUGCCGGAAUAGUUCUGAUAUACUAAAUAGAAAAUAUUAUGACAGAGUAUACUGUACAAUCACUAAGCAAAAGGAAAGAAAGUAUGUGCAGAGUACGUGUCUUGUAGGCUUUUCAAUGCUUCCUCUUUACAUUAGCUAUGCCCCACAUCAAAACGUUGUAGGAUACGCCCUGAAACACAAACUAAAGUUCGAUGAGAAAUUCUCACCCGCUCUCUAGUCCUCUCACGCACCCAAGUAAAAACGUUUACUACUGAGAUGAUUUGUCCAUAAAAAAUACACUUGUUUUUUCCAUCCAAAUAGUCCAGGGGGCUCCAUCAAGAAUAAGCCACCAGAUCCUACAUGCCCUUUUCUGUGUCUGGCUAUGAUUCCAUUUUCACUUUGAUUUAUAUCUUGGUUGGGUACUGCCAUUGUAUACCUAAUUCCUGGUGUACCAUCUACUUAAUUUGUGGGGAAAGGGGGCUCCAUAGGAAGAAGGGUGUACUGGGAGGAGAAGCAAGGAGAUCAACCUGUUUUAAAUGUUCCCAUCCAGCAAUGUUUUCAAGGAAUCAUCCUCCUCAAAAACUGGACAAAAUGUAACUACAUUCUACAAAUGGAACCCGGUGGUUAGAUAUCAGUAACCUCCCAUUCGAGAUGUUUUACGCUAGAAUCUUUACUAUUGAUGGAGAACCGUUCAAUUUCUAAUCUCCAACACCUUGAUCUUUUUGUGACCUCAGUAGGGACGAAAAAAGCCCAAGGAGGUUUGCUCAUCGUAGAAUUGCCUCUGAUCCCUAAAACGUUUCCUCGACCUUAGUCAAGAGCCUGAUUUUUCUUGACUCAGGGAAAAAAAAAAGUUCUACCCUGAAGAGACAUUGAAAUUUAUUGUUAAAAACUGAGCUCCUGUAGCAUGUCCUAAAAUAAAGGCCAUUAUCAUUGCCUGAAUAGAUCUCUGAAACUGCUACCAUCAAAUAUGCUUCAUGUAAAAUGUCUUACAUUCUAAUCAUGUCUCCACUGGUGAGUGGCGUUGGCUUGAGACUUGUAUGAAAUUUCACCCCUGAAGGAAAGAUAGUAGAUCUCUUACACGCUUCAUGUUCAACAGUGUGAGGCUGUUGGAAGAGUUGCUGAUAUUAUCCAAAUUCCAGCUUUCCUCUGUCGGCAGGUGAGUGCUGCUAGAAAGUUCAGAUAUUGAUCCUUUGUAUUAAAGUGUGUGUUUUUGUAAUUAUUGAUUAGGAUCCUUGCCUGCUUAAUUAUUGAUGCUUUUUUGUGUCAGACUGACCUUCUAGUUGCUGCUGCAAAGACAGGAAGGAUUAUCAAUAUCAAGAAAGGCCAGUUUUGUUCUCCUUCUGUAAGUAUCUCAAUGUAUUUUUUUAGUCUUUUUGAUGCUUGGUUUGCUCAAAGUCCUAUGACCACAUCAGAUAAUUUUAGACUAAUUUCUCUGCGAUGUGAGGGAGUGAGUGGAAAAUUAUAAAGGUUAAGAACGUAAACCAAUGAUGUGCAUUGGGUGAGAAGAUAACUGUGGAAUCAUAUGCAAGGUUUCUUUCAUCAUUUAUUGAUGUGGUAUGGAGAGGCUAAGAAUGACGUGUAAAUGCACGCCUACUGUAUGAACAACAUAAUAUUCUUCUCUGUUCGAAGUUCCUGUAUUUACUAUGGCAAUCAUCGAUACCUAUUUGAAACGAAUGGACAUAUAAGGAGUGAGUCACUACUUUUAGUUAUAGUGCUCUAAGCCAUGUAACAGCAUGUACAAUGCAUCAUUAACGUCCAUAAUGCACGGAUGAUAAAUGUUUGUUGCUGUAGAGGAUCCUAGAACUCGCAACAGUGUAAGCCUAAAAAAAAUAUUUCCUUGUUAUAUUGAUGUAUGCAUUGAUAACAAGGAUUUUUCAGGUCAUGGCGAAUUCUGCAGAGAAAGUUAGGCUUGCAGGUAACGAGAAUGUGAUGGUCUGUGAGCGAGGGACCAUGUUUGGCUACAGUAAGUUUGUUUUAUUCUUAGUUUAUAAACACAGAAUUUGGAAAAGUUAUUUUCCUUUUAAGUUUCACAGACUCAUAAGCUUUUAUUUGUUCAUUUAUUUAUUUCGCAAAAUUGAAGAUCCAUUUAAAAAUAUUAAACUAUUUUUGCAUAGUAUUUUGUUUUUUCUGGUAUCAAGGAUCAUAAAUUCUUGUGUUCAUGAUGUAUAGCCAGUUCAUGAUAUAUAGCAACGUAUUGGUAAAUUUUCUUUAGCAUCUGGUUGGCAUGCAAAAAAUCACUAAAGAGUCAUGGUUAUUGUUGCGUUAUUUGAUUUAUCCUCUUGUUUUCUGACUAAACAAUGCUUCAUAAUUACUUAUAUUUAAUAUUAACCUUUCUGUCAAAAACAAAAGCCCUAUGCAGAGAUGUGGUUGUAUCGGAAUACCAGGCCCACAAGACAGUUAGGAACUGGACCAACAAUGAACCGGGCGUAACCAAUUAGGAACUAAUCUUGCAAUGACUCCUGAACCCUAAACUCUACUUAUGCAUUAUUUCCCACACUCCACUCAAGCUGGUGAAUAGAAUUCCCCAUUCCUAGCUGUGAUACAAAACUCAGAGAUGCUGGACUACUUAAAUGAUUAGUAAGUACAUCCACAAGUUGACCAUGAGGUGUAGACACAUAAGGUGCACAAAUCAAUCUGCUCUCUAGUCUUUGCUUGACAUAGUGUCUGUCAAUUUUUGUGUGUUUUCUUCAAUCGUGUUGUAUUGGAUUCUGAGCUAUGCUGACGGCAGACUUGUUGUCACAAAGUCUCAUUGGGUUAUCCCACUUAAUUUUCAAGUCUUUUAAGAUUAACUUCAACAAGUCUUCUAAGGCUCCUAAACCCUAAACCCUAUUUAUACGUCCUUUCCUACAGUUUCAAUUUAUACGGGGAGAUGGAAUAACGUCUUCUAAUGAUGAUGGAAAUUUAUGAGUUCUCAGUUCCAUGUGAGAAUGCCAACCAUUUUUGCAUCAGGAUGAUGGAAUAACAUCGUCUGCGAUGAUGCAUUAGGAUCGUGAGAUGGCCUACUCCACCAUUUCAAAUAUACAAUCCAUGAUAUGGACGUUUAUACAUCUUUGCCUUUACUCAUUUUCCUUAUCCUGACCUACUUCAGCUCUAUGAUUUUAUUCUACACAAAUGUCAUUGUACUAUUUGAUUUCUUAUGUCUCUGGGGAGCGCCAUGAAUCCAGUAUGAUUGAACGAAUCUAUUUUACCUUUUCAACUUCCCAGGGCCCAUUUUGUUUCUUUCUCCAGACAGGAAUGAUAGACCAAGACAACAUUACUUAUGCAGGAGUUUUGUUAAUUUGUGUGGUGGAAAUGGAGGAAUACAAAUCUUCGAUAAAUAGUAUGAUGCAAAUAAUUCCUAUGGGGAAGUACCUGGUCCUUGUGCUGAUGUUGUCAGCAGGGGGCUUAAUCCAAGGUUAAGUGAAACGAGGAAUGGAGUAUAUGUCACUUCGUGGAAAAUGAUGACAAGACGAUAUUUUUUGCACAAAAUGGAACAUUCUAACAAAAUUUCUAGUGCCUUGACCUGGUUACGGUUCUUACAGUUUCAGGGUUUUAUGCUGUGGAGAAAUUGGGGGAUACAUGGGAUAUAUGUAUAUCGUUUUCGGAGUUUUUGGAUUUUGAUUAUUUAAGUAUAGAUGGGAUAAAUAAUUACAAAAUUCAAUUGAGAUAGGACGAAGUUUUGCUGAUUGUAGAACUGGAAGGCUAUUGUGGGGAAAGAGACAUUGGAAGAAUGUAUGGAACGAGGCUCAGAAUUCUUCCUCUUGCUGAUCAAAAUUCUGUUUCUUCCGUUGUGGAACAUGUAAUCCAUCAGUUCAACAUUUUUUUUCCAGCUUCCUUUGUAAACUGUUUCUUGGGAGUAUGGAUGAUAACCCUCAUCCAUGGUCUGUUCUUUUUGUAUUACUUUAGGUCAUCUAAAGUUACUUAUCAAAUGGUAAACGUUAAUCCUCUUUUAGAGUUUCAACGAAAUCUGCCUGAUGUGGGAGCAGUGGGCGUAAUUUCAACAGAGGUGGCACCAUCUGUGGUCGUCACUGAAAAUCCAUAGCAGCGGGGAACUUUGUUCGUGUCACUAAUUAUUUGAUUUUAAUUGAUGUCGGUUAUGUGGUAGUGGACAUUUGAUGACACGUCACUACUUUCGUUUCUUUGAAGUAAUCAGUUGUGCUUUUAAAAUUAUUGCAGUACGAUUUGAGUUACUACCACCACUGUAAAUAUAAAUGUAGCUUACGAUCGAGAAGCCCUAGAAGAGCCAUAAUGAUGGAUGGAUGGCAUAUAAAAUGCGUUUUGGGAAGUCAAGACAGUGGUGACAUGAGAUAGUUCACCAUUUUUUUGUGUUGCAGACCAUUUUGCAUGAAACUUUCCUAUUUUUUUACGAUGAAGAUGUCUUUUGCUCACAUUAUUUUUAAUGUCUCAAUCAUUGGCCCAAUAAUUUUUUUAUUUCUUAUCAUCUUUCCUAAUAUCCCAUCGAUUUGGAUCACACUUGAAGACGUCCCCUCCUCUCCUCCCCUUAGGAAGAAAAAAAACAUAACUAAUGUUGGUUGUUGUUUUAAUUUGAUUGUCCAUGUCUGGCUACUUCCUUGACCAUACCUAGAUGCUGGCUUUAAACCUCUGUUUGUUGCAGCUAAAAUCGGUGACCUUGACUCUCCUUUUAAUUCAUGAACAUACUUUAUUUCUAAUUUUAUUCUACAAUAAGAAACCUGACGAUGUUUUACCUUGCCUGGUGUAAUUGAGAAAACUCGUGGGACGUGGUGAAGUCCACUAGUGCUUUGUAUUAGUAAAGCUCGAUCCCCUAGUUCUUCUUCUUCAUCAUUUCGUGCUUAUUAGAUCAUGACCCCAAUGUGCAGUCUGUAAUCGAGAACAGCUGUGGCUGGCCUGAGCACAUGCCCAUUCCAAUCUUGUCCAACUUUGCUAACUCCAAAAACAUUGUGACAACCCAUAGAUGAAGGCAUCAUGACUGACUUUUAACCCAAAUUCAAAAACCAAGUCAGCACUUUUUUUAAAAGAAUCCCAUGGAACCCUAAUUCGAAACAUAUGCAUUUGGCACUGACAUUCGCCAGAUCUUCAUCUGAGGACAUAUUCAACCUGGGUUAAAGCCAGCUUGUAUGAAACUGCUUUGUUAAAUAAGAAUGUUUUAGACCAAAAUAUCGUUUAUCCCUAUAUAAUUGGGAUCUUGUACCCAGCUCCAAAUCCACGGUUUACGUUUCAUUCAAGGUCCAACUGUUCGUUCUAUCAAAUCUUCUGCAUAGAGCUCAGAGGACGUGCCAUUCUUUUCCCACGUUCCUGCUUCUUUAAUCUGUAACCACUGAGAGAAAAAACGGAAAGAUACUAAUGACAUCUAUCCAUAUUUUUAGAAAAAGCUAAAUAAACUUGAAUAUGAUACUAUCCAGGAAACAGAAAAAUCGUCUGGCAUUGAAUGAUUUGUCACUGAGUUCUGAAGUAAAUUUCCGUUGACCUUAUAGAUGAUUUGAUUGUUGAUCCGAGGAACUUGGAGUGGCUAAGGGAAGCAAACUGCCCGGUGGUAUGUCCAAGGUUUCUUUUUAUGUGCUAUCGUCUCUAAUAGAUUUAUUUCUUCGUCAAUUAUGUGAUAGGAGUUGAUCACAUACAGGUAGCAGAUAUUACGCAUUCGCUACAGCAACCUGCUGGGAAAAAGGUACACAGAUGCAGUUUCAGAUUCUUGCGAUCAGAACAUCCAGGCAAUAAUUCACUGCAUAGACGAUACUUCUAUUAUCCAAAGAUAUAGUUAUCAUCCAUUCUCCACAUAACUCACGAAAAAUAUAAUGUUAUUUGGAUGUAACCUUAGUGGACAAGCAUUCAGUUUCCUUCUCAUGAUGAUCAUCUGCUACAUGCUGCAGGGAACACGCCACCAUCUAUUAAAUAGCACAUAGACACAGAUCUGUCUUAUCACCUUUCAGUUAUCCCAAAUACUUCAUGUUGAUCACCUUUCACUUAUCCCAAAUAACUCAUGUUUGAUGCAUGCUUACGAGCAUUCAACUUCCUUGUCAUGGUGAUCAUCUGAUACAUGCUGCAGGGAACACGCACCAUCUACUAAAUGGCACAUAGACACAGAUCUGUCUGAUCACCUUUCACUUGUCCCAAAUACUUCAUUUUGAGGAUCAAGUUGUGGGCAUCACUUUGAUUCAAUGAGCAUCCGGCACCUAUGUAACGAUAUCUAUUGGUUUCGUCAUAUUUUCGUGUAUAAACGUAGAAUAUUCAUUUAAAUAAGGGGGAGAUUUCCCCCCAAAGAAAAGGGAAGACUGCAGAAACGUAGCACUAAAACUUGUGUGGUUUGACCCACACCCGUGAGUCACCCACUAACAAUUGAUCUAAAGAAUUUUAUUAUCUAUUCCACUCUGAAUUUUACCUCAAAGUAAUGCAUGUUUGACUUAUUGACUUAUUUCUUGACUUAUUUCUAUGCAUACAUUUUUGACGUUUAAUAUUAUCCUUGGGAUAUAGAGCAAAAUGGAAGUGCCUGUUGGAUGAACCUAGAUUUUUUCAUGAUUUACGACUGAUUACUGUCUGUUUUCUUGUGAGAGUUUGCAUUAUUACUCUAAUAUUUAGGAAGCAUUCAUAUGAAAAAUAGUCACAACGUUUCUUAUGAAUUUUACUGGAUGUGGAUCGCAUGAUUCUCAGUCUUUAGAUACUAAAAACUAAAAGAUCACGUAGAUGGUCGCCAAUGUUUAUGCCAUCAUCAAAUAGACUUUAUGGCCACAUGGGCUGUUGUCUGCACAUGGUAAAGUGACAUGGUGAAUAAUUCGUAAAGAAUCAAAGGGAGCCAGGCCUGUGUCAUUUAAACCAUAUUUUUCUAGCGGCAAACACUUUGGGCUCUCAUUCUCGUUUCAAUGUUUGCGGUUUUCAUCCCAGUGAAAUAAUUUACCAUCCCCAAAUUCUCUGCUCACUUUGCAACCAUGAAACUGUAUGAAAAUUUUUGUUCCUUAGUUGGAAGGCGGCGGAGUGGCAAGCGGAGGUCUGCGGGAACUGAUUCCCUGCAUUGCAAGGACAUGUGUUGCAGUCGGUGUGGAUGGAAUCUUCAUGGAGGUAAACUCAUUAAAACGAUAUGAAAUUAUUUUAUGUUUCUUUAGCUACUUGUUAAGAAAAAAUUGUUUUCAUUGGGCACAAGGGGGAGUAACCAAUCAAACUGAUGUAUACUUUUUCAGGUUUCUUUAAAAUCUGUUUCAGAAAGGACCCUUUUUAUUGGACACUUACUCAAAUAGAUUGAAUAGGAAUGUCAUGCCGUAGUAACAUUACAGCUUAUUUUAUGUGUUUUGUAGAGUCCAUAAAGUGUUCAACUGUGUCAUCAUUUUUUUGCCUGCAGCUUUCAGAUGAAAACUCUACUAUCUUCUGAUGCUUUAAGUUCCAACCUAGCAUAUUUUAAAGAACUGUUUUGACUCUUCCAGAUAGCUCUCAUGGGCUUUGGUGAUUUCCAACUAAUGCUUUUGUUGGUAAUUCUUAUUUUCAUCAUCUGGUUGACUAGGUGCAUGAUGACCCCUUGAGUGCACCUGUGGAUGGGCCUACUCAAUGGGUGAGUUCCACUGUAACUCCAUCAAUUUAAAACUCUUCCCUGUUGAUCCUUUUGACCAUACCUUUAUUGAUGUGUAGCCUUUGAGGCAUUUGGAGGAGCUGCUUGAGGAACUCAUAUCUAUUGCGGUAAGCUCGUUUUCUUUGCAAUAAUAGUUCAUCGUUAUCCCAAACGUUCCGUUUCUUAUUCUGACCUGAUCAGAUGAAUGACUUCCAUGUACAUAUGUAGGGAGCCAGCAAAGGAAAAACCUCAUUCAAAAUUGAUCUAACACCAUUCCGCCCCUGA